AAAAAAAUUGAAGUUGAAUGUAAUUUGCAGGUAACGAGGCUGGGUUGCGGGGGAAUGAUCCUGUGCACGGCGAUCAACCACUGCGUAUGCGACGGCAUAGGCACGUCUCAGUUUCUACACGCCUGGGCACAGCUCACGAAAAAGCCAGAAGCGGAAUUGACGAUCAUGCCCUUCCACUGGCGCCACGUGCUGAAACCCAGACACCCUGCGCAGGUAAAGUUCCGUCACGCGGGCUACACCGCACCAAACCCAACCCCUCAAGUGGACCUUCUAAAGUUCAUACAGUCACAGCCCUUGGUAGCCACAUCCUUCACCCUCACCCCCUCCCACGUCCUUCGCCUCAAGAAAGAGUGCGUCCCCUCCCUCAAGUGCACCUCCUUCGAAACCGUUGCGGCCCACACCUGGCGCUCUUGGAUUCGCUCGGUGGGCCAAUCCCUACCGUCCAAACUCACUGUGAAGCUCCUUUUCUCGGUCAACGUUAGAAGAACAGUUGACCUUCCGCAGGGGUAUUACGGGAACGGAUUCUUGCUAGCGUGCGCUGAGAGCAGCGUGGAGGACUUAGUGGACGGUAACCUGCGCCACGGAGUGAAACUUGUGCAGGAAGCUAAGGCGAGGUUGAAAGAGGAGGAGUACGUAAGGUCAAUGGUUGACCUGUUAGAGGACAAAACUGUAAAAACGGAUCUUUCGACGAGUUUAGUUAUUUCGCAGUGGUCUAGACUGGGGUUGGAAGAGGUGGAUUUUGGGGAAGGGAAACCUUUGCAUAUGGGUCCUUUGACCAGUGAUAUUUACUGCUUGUUCUUACCCGUCGCCGGUGACGCUAAUGCCGUCAGAGUGCUGCUGUCUGUCCCCGCGACCAUGGUGGAACGUUUUCAGUAUCACAUGAUGAGACAAAGUCGGGAAGAAAAUGAAGAAAACGGAUUCUUCUGAAUCUUGGUUCCCCGUGCGUGCGUACUCCAGUUUCAGUGUGUUCAACGUUGUUAUAUCGAUCUUUGUUCUGGUUUUUUGUUUUUGGUGGCAGUAAUUAAUAACAACCUAGUUUUACCUGAUGGCUUGGAGGAGAAGUUGAUUGGUGAUGGUGAAAGACAGGUUGAUGUGCAUCGUAUCCUCCUCAUUUUCUACAAUGUUGUUGGUCCACAAUGUUCGUGAUUUCUGACUCUGAUUGGUGAUGGACGCGUCGGUAUUACUGUCCCACAUAUUAUGUCUCAACACUUUCUUUCUGCCAUCA